AUGACCACCACCACCGCCGGCAGCACCGACAUCAAGGCCGUCCUCCAGGAGGACCCCAACUCCAACAAGCUGACCCUCACGCGCCUCCCCCCACCCCUCUUCGACCCCGCCGGAACGAGCGCGCUGGUCCGCGUGUACGCCGCGUCGCCGUGCAAGUCGGAGCUGUCGUGGGAAGCCAACUUCCCCAGCCUGUUUCCCGCUGGCCGUCUCCGCGUGCCCGGCACCGAGGGCGCGGGGACGGUCGAGCAGGCGCCCGAUGGCAGCAGCUUCAACGCCGGCGACGAGGUCUUCUUCCGCAUCCAUGCCUCCAUCCCUGGCGCGCUGCGCGAGGUCACCCUCGUCCCGCUCUCCAUGCUCGCCCAGAAGCCCGCGGGGCUGAGCUGGACGGACGCUGCGGCGACGCCCUUGUCGAGCCUGACGGCGUACCAGGGCCUCUUUGCGCAGGCUCCGGGCGUGCUCGACCCCGCUGCCCUCUCGGCGGACGCCGGCACCGCCGCCAAGGCCAAGGCGCACAAUGCUGCGCGCAGCGUGCUCGUCACUGGCGCCUCGGGCGGCGUGGGCUCGUGGGCAAUCAAGCUUGCGGCCGCUGCGGGCGUCGGGCGCAUCGUCGGCGUCGGGUCGGCCUCCAAGGCGGACACGGUUAGAGGCUACGGCGCGACCGAGGCCGUCGCGUACAACGACGACGGGGUGGCGCGCUGGGCUCAGAGCGCGGUCCCGGUCGACCUCAUCCUCGACGCGGCAGGCAGCGACCUCGACAAGGUGUGGCCCGCGCUCAAGACCAACGGCACCUUCCUCUCCGUCUGCGUCGACCCCAACGCCACGAAGCCGGCAGACAAGGCCGUCACCAAGGCAGCGUGGUUCCUCGUCGAGCCGAGCGGCAAGGACCUCACCGAGAUCGCGCGCCUCAUGGCCCUUCAUUCAUGGACGCCACUCGUCGACUCGGUCGUGAAGUUCGAGGAUGUGCAGGCGGCUUAUGAGAAGACGGACGGCGGGAGGACGAACGGCAAGGUCGUCGUCACUGUGCCUUAG